CUUUCUAAGCGAAACGAAGCGAGAUCUAAGCCCCGUCUCGUAGUACUCUGAAGACGCUCUCGCAUGGACUGAUGGAUGAAUUCGGGCAGCAGCACGCGAUACGUGCGUGGGUACAAAAGUACGUAUUUUAUUAGAGCGCACGUCGCCACGGAUGGUUUCAGUCUAGUGCCGGAUGCUGUAACAGAUCGUGAUGCCGUACCGUUGCUUGCGUCGUUUCCGGAGUUUCGAACCGUGAAGCGGUGGCGGUGGGGCUUGAAGCGAGCGUUCAGUGCGAGUUUUACACAAAAUCAAGCAUCGUAGUGGUUAAGAGAUAUUUGGGGUGGCGUGUUUGAGAGAGUGUCCCAGUUAUAAGAAGUGCCUUAUGGAAGAGUUGCUCCAACUUUAAGCGAAGAAUUAAUUUAAACCCGGUUGAACCAACGUAAGAAUAGUGAAUAUAAUGCUUCCCCCAGUUAAGUGCAAUAAGAGUGAAAAAUCGCAUGAGAAAACUGCUCUGCCUUUAGACUUGUAAAACCGACAUUCCCCAGUGCGACAAAUGCUUAAAAAGCGUAACGUUAUUGUACCACUUACCGGUUGGGAAAGAAUUUAAUUUACGUUUCCCGUGAACUUUCGGGUUGGCAGAACCAGGGUGGUUUUACUCUCGCGUCUAACAUAUGGACCAACCCAAGCCAAGGACACCAGUAAAACUGUUGCGAUAAAAAUAUGCACCAAAAAUGGUUUCAAAACCACAGCGAAGGAUAAGUGUAGCGUGCAGGGAAGGUUUUGUGCUUUGUGUUCCAACAUUCUUCAUCGCAUUGUGCGUCGGACAAGAUUGUUUACAUCACAUCACAUCAGUAUAGAGAGCGGCAGCUUCUCUAGCUGGGGGAAGGAAGAAGAAAACAAGCAAGCUUGCCCUACACAUUGACGUCGGCUGACCUUCUCGAGCAGGUAUGGAAUCGUCAAGAGCAUCGUCCUCGUACGCCCGCUAGCUCGAACGUGCGAACACUUCAACUUGUCAACCAUAUUCUGGGGGUUUCCGGAGACGGAUCAUCGCUAGCAGGAUGUAGCAUCGAAGAUGUACGACGUCACCGAUGCUGCCUCCAUCAAUUCCGACUACCGGGAGCUGAUGGCACCGUGGGCCUACAAUGGUGCCGCCGUGACACUCUUCUUCAUCGGGUUCUUCGGAUUCUUUCUCAACAUCUUCGUGAUUGCCCUCAUGUACAAGGAUGUACAGCUAUGGACGCCGAUGAACAUUAUACUGUUCAACCUAGUUUGCUCCGACUUUUCCGUAUCGAUCAUCGGCAAUCCGCUCACCCUGACGUCCGCCAUCUCCCACCGCUGGCUGUACGGGAAAAGUGUUUGUGUGGCGUACGGGUUUUUCAUGUCACUGCUAGGAAUCGCUUCAAUCACAACGCUUACCGUGCUGUCGUACGAGCGGUUCUGUUUGAUCAGCCGCCCAUUCACCGCCCAGAACCGCUCGAAACAAGGUGCCUGCCUGGCGGUGCUGUUCAUCUGGAGCUAUUCAUUUGCCCUAACGUCGCCGCCACUGUUUGGCUGGGGUGCCUACGUCAACGAAGCGGCAAACAUAAGCUGCUCGGUGAACUGGGAGUCGCAGACAACGAAUGCAACCAGCUACAUCAUAUUUCUCUUCAUCUUUGGCCUGAUACUCCCACUGGCAGUCAUUAUUUAUAGCUACAUCAACAUCGUGCUCGAAAUGCGUAAGAAUUCUGCACGCGUGGGACGUGUAAACCGUGCCGAACGACGCGUCACCUCCAUGGUGGCGGUGAUGAUCGUCGCCUUCAUGAUCGCUUGGACACCGUACGCUACCUUUGCGCUGAUCGAACAGUUCGGACCACCGGAACUUAUUGGGCCCGGGUUGGCCGUGUUGCCGGCACUCAUCGCCAAAUCGAGCAUCUGCUACAACCCGAUCAUCUACGUCGGCAUGAACACACAGUUCCGGGCAGCGUUCUGGCGCGUUAGACGCUCGAACGGUGUUGCCGGACAGCAGCCGGACAGCAACAACACCAAUAGCCGGGAUAAGGAUUCGCGCAGCACCGCCAAGGAUAUGCUGGAGUGCAGUUUGGACUUUUGCCACUGGACCGUGCGUGGCACCAGGGUAAGCCUCUCAUCUGCCGAUCGGAACGUACCGGCACGAUCGGGUGACGAUAGGUCCCGGGAACGAUCGAGCAGAAACAGUGCGGGCUCGAAAGAGUGUGAACGGCAGGGCACGGUGAAAACGCUGAUGUCCAUCAAUCCACGUUCACCCUCGAGCAUUGACCCCGGGGCAGACUGUAGCACUACGGACGUGCUAACGAGCGGCGAUGGUAGUAUCAGAGUCGUACGGCAGGACUCGGAAUUAUCUGUGAUCCAUGAUGGUAGGGUGCUCGUUAUUAAAUCGCCAAUACCACACUCGAACAUGUUGUAACGAUUAGGAUAUAUUUUUAUAGACACCGCACUAUGAAGACGAAUACAGGACGAUUGUAGAGUUAGUGUACAUUUCUUAGGUUAGAAACAAACAUAUGAAAAUGAAAUCCCUCGUACUAACUCCACCAAGCACAUCUGAGAAGGAUGUCGAUGAUGUGCACAUUAAGGUUUCAAUCGAACACAAAGAAGAAACUAAAAUUUUAAAAAUCAAUUCGUUCCCAUGUUAGGACGUUUCGGUAAUGUUAAUUUUAAAAAAAAAAAAUAAAUAAUAUAAAAUAAAUAAAAUAAAAUUUGUUCUUCCUUCACUGAAAGCAUGAGCCCCCUUUCAAUGAGCGAUGAGUCAAAUUUUCUACGUGAUUCGAACGAUUUAGGAUACAAUUCAGCAUAAUUCUCUCUCUUCCAGGAUGUGUUUACAGGGUGUGGCAGGAACUAAAAUGCAUUUUCCAACCUUUCAACUCCUUUAACCUAGGUCCCCGAUUUUAAUUAACAACAUUCUAAAGAACACGUUACAAGCUAAGCAAAGUAUUUCGAACGUAGUCUUCCAACAUUAGAGGCAAGGUGUGUUCUAAUAGACCUCUGGGUCCAAACUAGGGAUGGGCAGAUCAACCCGUUUGUCGGAUCGGAUCGGAUCGGUGAUUCCGACCCGGAGCCCCUAUCUCUAGGGUCCUCGCACUAGAGUGAGGUUUUCUGAAGGCCUGUACUCCAACACAGGUACGGUAAAGUUCAGGUAAAGAUCAUUGAUUCUGAUACAAUAAAGGGGUUAUCCUAUCUUAUUGUAGGAGAAUAUUUUGAGCUUUAAAGAGCUUGAUUUAGUCCAAGACCCUUGCCUAUCCUCUUCGGUAUUCAUAUUACAAUUAUCUUCAUAUUACAUUCAUAUUACAACAGAUAACAGUAUCGUACUGUUGAAGUUGUUGGACUAAAGUUUAAAGUUCUCCUUCUCGGGAACAUCCUCAAGUUGACAACACACUGUAAUACAGACAUGUUAAAUACGCAACCCACGGCCCAGAUGUGGCUCUGGAGUUCGUUUAAACCGGAGCAAAAAGGAAUGUUCAACAACCACAGAGCUCUUGAAAUGAUAGUUUAAGCCCUCUGAGUUUGUUGAAAAUUUAUUCGUGCUCCGUUUUCCUUGACUAAGCCUAUCUGUAGCUGGUUAGUCAGUCCUGCGUAAGGGGAAACAGUCUGUCAGUGCAACAUAGAUCUCAAUAUUGUUAGAGUCAUGCGAGACCCAUUCUUCGCCAUUCUCAUUCUCAUUUCUCUUGGGUCAAGACCGCAUGAAGUUAAUGAAGUUGCUAGAUCUCCUCAGAAGCUCACUGUUUGGUCGUGCACUAUGUGGUUGGACGGCCUACAAGCAAAGACUAUAAUGGCCAAUCACUUUGCUGGACAUACUCAUCAAAGAGAUUCAACUCGACUUAUGGGCCAGAAUCUUUUUAAAGACGGCAGCAGCUUUAUUGCGUUGCAUCUAACCCGAUAGUUAAAAUGUGUUUUGCCAUCACUUCUGUUAUGCUUAACGGCUUUUCUUCGGGGAGCACGAUUGUUCCUUGAAGCAAUAUCAAACAAAGAAUCGCUCUAAGUUCCGUUGGCCAUUGCAAUCUGGGUCCAGAAUUUGGUUGGAAGAAGUCUUCAAUAAUUUCUUCACUUAAAUUUUUCGGAACAAUUGCCUAUCUUAACAAGCUUCCUGAUGACGAAUCAGGUACACACAGCCCUUAGACCUCCAUUUCCGAACUUGAAUAGCUUGGAACCCUCUCGUAGUGACAGUUUGAUUUCGAUAAGCUUUUUAACAAAUUUACAAUUAAAUCAUCCCAAUCUUCUAAACCAAUUUAAUUAUACGCAAUUUAUUUCCUGCCACACUCUUCUCGCGAGCUUUGCUAUAAAAAUAAGAAUCGUUAAAUAUCGUUCACUAGAAGCAAAACAACCCGAACUAAGACUGUGUAAUUCGAAGCAUUAGAACUAAGAUUUUUUGCUGCAAAUAAUACUCGACGCGUCACUUUGCUGUACAAAGAUGAAUUAUCUUAACUGCCCAGCUACGUACGUGUAAAUGCUCUAAGUGUGCGAAAGCUUUUAACGAACUAGGUUAAACGUUGAUUUUUUUGCUGUACGCGCGCCCGUGAGCAGCUGUCAAUUUUAAGGUCUAAAUGUAUUCAAAUAAAAAUUCAACAAACGAGUACAAAAUA